CUUAUGGCUCCGAGCCCAACCAACUCAGCUGCGCCAUUUUGUGUCCCUGAAGUCCGCUGAGGCGAUCCAGAGUCGACGGUGUUCGGUAUGUUUCUGACUAUUGUGCUGCUUCGGAACAAAAUUCCUGGGAGACAAUGGAUUGGUAAACACAGGCGACCAAGGUUCGUUUCCUCUCAAAUGAAGUCUAAUAUGAUUCGAAGACUGGAAAUUGAAGCUGAAAAUGAGUAUUGGCUGAGCCAGCCAUACAUGACGGAAGAGCAGGACUAUCGUCAUAAUGAAGAACGCAGACAUGCAACACGGCAAGCGCUCUUGGCUGAAAAAAUAUCUAAGUUUCCUGAACACAAGUAUGCUACAGAACAUCUAGACCAUCUUAACGUGACCAAGAAAUGGACGUAGAUUGACAUUUCAAGUAAACUGCUUGCAUGUAGUUGACUAUUUACAUCUGCUGACUGUGGCGAACGUCAGUUAUAACAAGGUCUUGUAAAUAAAUGCAUUGAUCUUCAAGUUUA